AUGAGCCACACGCCUAGACAAUUAACUCCCUUGGCUUCAAAUAAGCCAAAAAAGAGAGAUGAAGCCUUUGAUUUUCUCAAGCCGUCAACAAUGAUACCAAAGUUAGCCAAGCCUCUCAUCCCUCGCGCCGCACCACCGUAUAAACCCACCCAUCGAGCUCCAACCGAUAACAAACUCCUGGCUGGUUACCUGGCUCAUGAGUUCCUCACGAAAGGCACGCUGUUUGGCCAGCCAUGGGACCCGGCUCGAGGCGGCUCAAUGCCAGUUUCUGCCACGGCUCAUUCAGUCGAUCUUAGAAAGCCGAUGAGACAACCGUCUUUUAACCACAAAGGAAAGACAGCCGAGCCGGAGCCAAAGCCGAAGCCGGGUGAGAAAAGAAAGUUCGAAAGCUACGCUGAGUUAUCGGCUCUUCUCAAGGGGAAAAAUGGAGCACAUAUACCUGGCAUUGUAAACCCGACCCAAUUGGCCCAGUUCUUACAUUUACAAUGA